AUGGAUUAUGUACCAAAAACCGAAUUAGAAAAAUUAAAUGAACUUUUUUCAAUGGGUUUUAUUACAGAAUGGGAAUAUAAUAAUAGAAAAAAAGAUUUAGGUGUUGAUGAUGAUAAUAAUAAUAAUUCAAUAAACAAUAAAACCACCAGCAAUGAUUCUAAUGAUUAUUAUAAUAAUAAUAAUUAUUCAUCAUCAUCAUAUAAUAAUAAUAAUAAUAAUGAUUAUUAUAGUAAUAAUGAUUAUAAUCAAAUUAUACCAGUAAUUCAAAAUGAUUAUCAAAAUGAUUCAACAACAAAUAACAACAACUAUAGUAAUAAUAAUAAUGAUUAUUAUAAUCAAGUUAUACCAGUUUUAAAUAAUGAUUUUCAAACAGAUACAACCAAUAAUAGUAAUACCUACGAUUAUUAUAAUAAUUAUAAUUAUGAAAAUAAUAAUAAUAAUAAUAGUAAUACUUAUGAUUAUAGUAAUAAUAAUAAUUUAAAUGAUAAUUAUAAUAAUAAUUCUUUUUAUCAACAAGAAGAUUAUUCCAAUAAUCAAAUAAAUAAUAGUAAUAAUAGUAGUAAUAAUAAUAAUAAUAAUAAUAAUAAUAAUAAUAAUAAUAAUAAUAAUAAUAAUAAUAAUAAUAAUAAUAAUAAUAAUAAUAAUUUAAAUGAAAAUAUUGAAAAAGAUGAUGACAUUUAUGUAAUUAAAAUUAAAGAUCCAAUUAUAGUUAAAAAGAAUUCAAAUUUAAUUGGAAAUAAAAAUAUUGAUAAUGAAAAAUCAAAUAAAGUAAAAGAAUAUCCAUUAAAAGUAAAAGAUAGUUAUACAAUUCAUAAAGAUAUUGGUAAUAAUAUUGUAUUAUAUUUUAAAGAUAAAGCAUGUAAUUAUCAAAGUGAUUUAAUAGCAAUUAAGGAUAAAUCUAAAACAGACAUUUUAAAAGAAAUUUAUAAAUUUGUUGGAUUGGAUUAUGAAAAAUCAAUUUCAACAUUACUCAUUUUUAAAAUGAUUAUCAAUGAUAAAAGAACUGCCAAACCAAAUGAAUUUUAUAACUAUUCGCCACCAUCCGAAACAAUAUUAAUUCCAAUUGAAUUCAGUGAUCCGGAAUUACUAAAACCUAAUCAUUUAUUAAUCCAAUUCGGGUCAUUCCCAAUCCACAGAAAUAGAUGGAAUCCAACAACUAAAUUCACAUCAACCUAUAAUUUCACAGGCACCACUGAAUAUUUUAAAGGAUAUAAAGGUGAUCCAGUUAAAAUCGAUAGAGUAAAAUGUCCAUACGUUAUUGACAAAUUUAAAUCAGAUUUCUCAAUACCACAAUACGGUUUUACAAAAUACAUGGGUGUACCAAGUGAGCAAAUCACUAAUUUCUACUCACCAUCAAUUAGACCUGAACCAUGUAAACCAAUAGUGUACCAUAAUGAUAAUAAUAAUAGUGAAAGAAAUGCUACAUGGUUAAAAUUAAAUUUUUUAAUUCUUUUUAGAUAUCUUCAAAGUCGUGCUGUUAAUGAUGGUAGAACAGUUACCUAUGGUGAACAGUUACCAAAUUUGGUAUCAAAAGAUAGUUCCAUUGAAAUUUUAGAACCAUUAAAAGAUUCAAUUAAUCAAUCAAAAUGUUUAAUUUGUUCUCGAUCUACUCUUUCUUUUGGCAAUUUCUUAUGUAAUACUCAUUAUUCAAAGGAUUUAAUGGAUGCUUUUGAAAAAUGUAAACCUUAUCUAUUCUUAGAUGCAAAUAAUGAACCAAUUAAACAAUUACCAAAAGAUCAAUUAGAAUCAUUUAAAGAAAAUGAAAAGAAAAAAGAAAAAACAGUUUUCAUUAAAGAUAAAUUCGCUUAUAUUGAUCCUUCAAAUUUACAAUCAAUUUUAGAUAAAAAAGUUAAACCUUAUACUCAAGAAAAUAAUAAUUAUAAUUAUAAUAGUAAUUAUGAUGAUUAUUAUUAA